UGGGUAGGCAGCUCUUGCUCUCCCGCAGCCUGCAGCAUGCAGCCAGUGCAUCCCUGAGGAAGCGGCGGCAGCGGCGGCGGCGCACGGAGGAGAAGAUCGGGGCACUGGCCGCUCGCAGUAAGCACUGCUCUGGGGCUCGGGCGCGCAGGCGAGGGAACCAGCCAGAGAUGGAGGCGCUCAGCCCGGUCUCGCCGGGCUGGUGAUGGCGCGUGUGGCACAGGCUGGCUACCUGAGUGGCAGCGUUCAGGCUUGUUUAAUCAAAGAACAGCUCCAUGGAUCAAGGGUAAGUGUUUCCUGUGGCCUGCCCUGGACAGCGUCUGGCCAAAUAGAAGUUUCCAUCGGCCAGCCACCUCUCUGUGGCCUUCCAGAGCAAAGAAAGAAAAAUGAAUCCACUCCAGAGCAGCGUGAGAGCAUGCUUCUUGCCUCCUGUGCCCUUUGUAAUAAGCCUCUUAGCAACUCUUGCUGCAGCUAAGAAUAUAACUAACAGCACUUUAAACGGCACAGACAUGGUCUUGGGAUCCAUGCCUGUCAUUACUGCCCGAGUGGACCAUGUGAUUGUCAAGGAAGGGAAAAGUGCCUCGAUCAACUGUAAUGUUCACGGCAUCCCUGAUCCCCGUUUCAAGUGGUAUAAUUCCAACGGCCGCUUACUGAAGGAAGAAGAAGACCAGGAGGGCACAGGAGGAGGAAAAUGGUGGAUUCAAGACAAUGGACUACUGAACAUUACCCAGGUGUCAUUUUCAGACCGAGGUAAAUACACAUGUGUCGCUUCUAACAUCUAUGGCACCGUGAACAAUACAGUGACACUAAGAGUCAUCUUCACCUCUGGGGACAUGGGCAUCUACUACAUGAUUGUCUGCCUGGUGGCUUUUACCAUAGUCAUGGUCUUGAACAUCACCAGACUGUGCAUGAUGAGCAGCCACUUGAAGAAGACGGAGAAGGCAAUCAAUGAGUUCUUUAGGACAGAAGGAGCCGAGAAACUACAAAAGGCCUUUGAGAUUGCUAAGCGUAUCCCAAUCAUCACCUCAGCCAAAACCCUUGAGCUUGCCAAAGUUACCCAGUUCAAAACCAUGGAGUUUGCCCGAUAUAUCGAGGAGCUGGCCAGGAGCGUCCCUCUGCCUCCCCUCAUUAUGAACUGUAGGACGAUAAUGGAAGAAAUCAUGGAAGUGGUGGGCCUGGAGGAGCAAGGCCAGAACUUUGUGAGGCAUACCCCUGAGGGCCAAGAGGCCGCCGAUGGGGAUGAGGUCUAUACGAUCCCCAAUUCUCUCAAGCGAAGUGACUCCCCCACUGGUGACUCAGAUGCCUCAUCCCUUCAUGAACAGCCUCAGCAGAUUGCCAUCAAGGUGUCUGUUCACCCGCCGUCCAAAAAGGACCACAUGGAAGACCAAGAGGAAGAGGUACAAGUAGAGAUCAAGGAUGAGGAGGUGCUAGAGGCAGAUGAAGUACCAGAGGAGCCAGAACCACCCGUGGAGCCGUCAGCAGAAACUGAGGCUUCUGGGGAGGUAGAGCCUUCAGAGUCAGCACCCCCUUCGGAACCUGUGCCCCCUAUAGGGCAGCCGGCACCUGCUCACCUGAAGCCUACUGAGCCAGCCGUGGCAAAUGUAACAAAUACCUGUAUUAUUUAUGAAAGCCAUGUAUAAUACUUAACACUGAAAAAGCUAUGCAUAUCGAGAAAAUCAGGGGCUGCUCCUUGUAACACAGAUAUAGUAUGUACUUGCCGCUAAAGCCUUACCAGUAGACUUAUCAUAACAUACAUACAUAGGAGUGAUGCUCUUUUAAAAGGGGAAAGGUAUUAAUGCAGUGUAUGUGUCUGAGUGUGUCUGAGUGUGUGUGACUAGAGCUCCUCCCUCUUGCCUUCCUCCUACUAGUAAAGUGCACCAGAGACAUCAGUGGGUGGAAGAGAUGGCAUAGGAUAGACUAUGACCCCGUCGAGUUGUGGGCAUGGAUGUUUUAGGCCAUGCUCUCUUCCAGGCUGCUUGACCUGGUGGCAGAAGGCACCCUUACCCUAGAUCCUUCUGAGUUUGAGAACUCCUUUUGCUUUCAGACACCAGAAAGUCCUCUCCGCUAGUAAUUUGUACACUGCAUUUCUUUUCCCUUUUAAAAAGCAUGUCCAUGGAUUAUUUGGCACUUUCUCCCCCAUUUCAAUGCUGUUCGGUUAUGAUGGAGUAAUUGUUAUUAUAUUAAUAUUAAUUGCUCUUUCUGGUUUAGUUGUCUUUGCCCUUUUUGUCUCUCUGUAUACAUAUAUUAUUUUUCCCCCUUGAAACAUUUACCUCAGAGGCUUUUGUAUCAGUCCCUUGUUCCAGGGCUGACAUCUAGUAGCCGUUUGUAGUGCUGCAAAGAGUGACCAGACUUCCUGAAGAAGAAGUCCGUUUUCUCUUUCUUUCCCCAACCCUUUCCUACUUUCCUCUGUUGCAUUUUGUACAAUGAAAUUGCUGUUGUGAACAUGAGGUUCCUGCCCAGGAUGCAGCACUUUAAGAGCCAAAUAAAAACCUGUUUACCAAUUGGGUUCUGAGGGCCUUUGGCGAGCCACACUGAUAUGUGGAGGGAGAUUUUUCACAGGCUAAAUGUAUCCCUUCCCUGACACCCCAUCCGCCAAUCCAGUUUUGUUCACAAUUAAACAAUGUCAUCUCCCAUAACUAAGAUCCUAGAAACAGACAUGGCUUCAAAAGAGAAAGGUAUCAGGCAUAAGCUCCGAGGAGUCAUCUUCGAGCAGCUCCCCUGGAAAUGUCUGCUGUGUCCCUGCCAUCAGGUGACUCAAACAGAAGAUGAGAUUUGGUGAAAUGAAACUCUGGGAAGGGAUAGGACCAAGUGUGUUGAAGAGAAUGUCUAGUCAGCUCCUGGCCCAAGAGAUGAGAUAGAAGCCUUCUAUCUAACACUUUUACCGGAUCUCCUACCAAAACUUGUUAGAGUCUGUGGGAGAAAACAAGCAGGUGAGGGGCAGAUUAGUGUCCAAAACAAAAACAAAACAAAACAAAAAAUACUAGAUUCAAGAGACCUGGACUCUAGUCCUGGUUCUGUUGAUAACCAGUUUGUUACCCUGGGUAAGGUCCUUAACUUCUGAGCCUCAGUUUCCUCAUCUAUAAAAUGAGGGGGUUAAAUAUGGAAUCUUAAGCUACUUUCUAGUUCUAAAUCUAUGAUUCUAUGACGAUCUCAUGCGAAGGUCUUAUUAAAUCAUCUCUAAAAGUACUUUCAGCUCUGAAAAAAUUCUAUGCUAUUACUAGCAAAAAAAAUGAGAUGCUGUGGGUGGUUGUGGAAAGGAGGGAGGGAGAAGAAGGAAGGAAGGAAGAAAGAAAGAAAGGAAGGAUUUAGCACCUACUUUGUGUCAGGCACUGUGCUAAUCAAGGAUUUCUUUCAGUUUCCUCCUUAGAAUACUAACAGUUUUAUAUUACUUAAUAAAAGCAAAAUGACUAAAAUCAAAGUCAACAAGAAGGAAACAUCUUUUUUCUCAAGCUUUGGAAUGUUCUUUGAAAAGAAAUUCAUCAUAUUAACAUGACCUAUGUUGUUUUGCUUUAAGAAUGAGUAAAGCUGUUGACUCUCCCCUUUCUGAGCAAUAGAUUACCACUUCCUUGACACUACUCACAGCAUCCAAAUUUCAUCAUAUGAGUUGCGUGGGACUAGCAAACUAAAAAUGGGUGGAUUUCAGUAGUUUAAUAUCCAGAGUAGAGUAUCUCACUAUACAACCCUACAACCACAUUGGGGCAAAACCAGAACCCACCCCAACACACACACACACACACACACACACACACACACACACACACACACAUACACACCACACACCACACCUGUGAUUCCCAGAUACAUCUUGUUACUUGGUAUGUCAGUGUGUCACAGUAGAAAAUGACUGAUUCUGGUAUCCAGUGACCUGGGUUCAAAUCCUGCCUCUGACACUUAACUAGCCAAGUGACCAUUGGAAAGCAUUCAACCUCCAUCUUCAGUUUCUUCAUCUGGUAAAUGAGGGGGUCAGACUAGAUGGCCUCUGAUGACCCUUCCUGCUCUUGUUCUAUGAUCCAUUUUUAGCCAAGGUAACUCAGUCUCCUUGGUGUGUGAAGGGCCAAAGCCUUUAGUUUAGGGAUCGCCCAGAAGAAUCUCUGUUUACUUCUAGCUGCUUGGUGUAAGAAGCUGAUUGGUGUGAGAGUGCUGACAUUAUUCCACUGAAUGAGCAUCACAGCAUGUGCAUGAAAAGAGGUGGUUUGAACACAUAUAAGCAUGCCCAUUAUGGAUUUAGCCACAAUUUCCAGUACCAUGAAUGAUAACUGGACAAAGCUACACUCAAAACUAGUAAUAGUUAUAGGUUUUGCAUCUGUGGCAAUCAUAAGAAAAAAGAAAAUGAGAAUGACCUUUCUAACACUUUAUCUCUGCAUAGGAAAAUCUUAGCUUCCUUUCUGAUGAGUUUGAUAACAAUUCUCAUCUAUUUUAGAGAAGUCACCAUCAUGAGUGGCUAGAAAUUGUGUUGUGGAAAGGGAAGGUGACGUUACACUGGGCUUUGACUUGGUAAAAGUGGAAGAGGGGGUCUAACCCUUUCCCUUCAGAAUCACAAAGAUGUGGAUUUCCUGCCAUGAGCAGUCAACAAGUGGUAUUCCUCCCUAGGGGGACAGCUUCCACGAUCCCAUCAAUGUGGACAAUUCCUCCACUGGUGCAGAUUGAAACCCAUCCUCCCUUUCUCAUCCUGCACUAUUCCUGUCCUGUGUCUUCUGACAUCUUCCCAAAGAGAAAUUACCCAGUAUCAACCCACUAUAUUGGAGGCUUUCCUAGGUCUUUUAACAUUUCAUGGUGAUGUCAGAUCACUAAGAAUUAAGAUGUGUAACAGAUAAAAUUUACUAAAUACACAUUGUCUACAUACAAAAGUUGGCUCUUGAAUCAGAGAGAGAAGAUUCUAAUCAGAUUUCUGAUAUUUAUUACCUGUGUGACCUUAGGCAAGUCUUCUAAACUCUCUGGGGCCUCAGUUUCCUCAUCUGAAAAAGGAAGGCGCUGGACUUGAUGGCUUCUAAGGUGCCUUCCAGCUGUAGAUCAGUGAUCUUGUAAUCCUGUGAUUUAGAAUGUUCUCUCUCUGAUUCUGAGCCUCUCAACCCUUGUCCCUCUCACAACCACAUGUGUAUUUCCCUUCAGAGGUGUCUUACUCCACACUGGUUCUUAUUUAGCAAAAGGUAGCUAAUAAAGGAGAGAUUUCCCAUGAAGCAGGAAUAGAGAUGGGUACUCAGAAGAUUGGUUUUCAUCACUUUGGGCUAAAGGAAGUAACUCGAUUUUUCUAAGCUGCUAACUGUAAAGCUUCUAAAACAGUCCUUUGUCGUGUAAGGUAAGGAGAGCUCUCCCUUCAUUAAUACUACCUACUUAUUCCCCAUCCUGGCAGCUUGGUCUGGGCCCUGCUGGGAUCUGAGAUCUGAAAAAACCUCUUGUCUCCCAGCUGAAUUUUCAAAGAUGUCAGGGAAAAAAAAAAGUGGCACAGAAAUUCAGAGCAAUCCAACUGAAGUAUACCCAGAGUGUGCAUGUUUGGGUUUUCUUUUUGUUUUAAUCUUAACAGCAAAUUAAUUCCAAGCCAUGUCCUUUGGAUCUUAGUAGGCAGUCAUCCUAAAAUCAGGCAGAUGCUCAACUUCCUGAUGCUUGUCUUCUCUCUAAAGACUCUUCCUUGUGUUUGCUUCUUAAAAGACUGGAGAAGCCUCAGAAAUGUGUGUAUAUUUGAUCCACUUAAAUGACCUAUCAGCCUGGUUGAACUUUAUUGGGUUCUCUAAGUGGAAAAUACAGAAUUUUAUAUUGAGAAUAUAUGUAAUUUAUAAUAGUUCUGUUUUAUAUAUUAUAUUUUCAUAUGCUUAAGGCACAUACGCUACUGUCCACAUCCUUUUGUACAUCAUAAUGAACAGAAAUAUCAAUACUUGACUUAACUUUCUAGGAACCAAAUGUGGUACAAGGUGUAUCAAAAUCUCUCAUAUAUCUGAAUGUUCUCCACCAUACCAAGUACUCUUGGCCUGUGACUUUAACAUCCCUAGGGAUGUGGAUGGGAUGCUUAUGAGCAUCCUAUUCAGCACCAAGGUGGAGGGGCCUGAUGUCCUACACAAAGAGGUAGAUCCUUAAACAGGAAAGAGCACUGGCUUAGGGAUCAGAGGACUUGGGUUCAAAUGCCACCUCUGAUACUUACUAGCUGUGUGACCUUGGGCAAGUCACUUCUCCCCCUCCAGGCCUCAGUUUCCACAUCUAUGAAAUGAGAAGGUUAAACUAUAAGGCCUCUGAGGUCCUUUCUAGCUCUGGAUCUAUGAUCCCUUCCUCUAUGGGAAAUAAGUUCUGUUUUUUGGUAGAAGUUCAGACUCUUUUCACUUGGAAAAAUGAACGAUUUUAAGUAUACAAAUAUAUGUAUAUUUCAAUCGUGUAGAUGUAUUUCAAUGGAAUAAUGACAUGUCGCAAGUGAUUGCUUCAAUUGUCACUUUGUGAUGUGAGAUCAGCACAGGCUUUCUAUUGUUUCUAGUGAUCAAUGUGAGGUGCCAAAAAACAUUUGGGGGUUAUUGAUUAGGCAAGAGAGGCAGAGAGGUGUAAUAGAAAAAAAACUGGCCCGGAAGCCAAGGGAUCCAAAUUGUUGUAAUGGUCCUUCUAUCAAUUUGUGUAACUAUGAGCACCUCGUUGGGCCUCACUGGCAAAUUGAAGGGAACUGGAUCAUCUCAGAAGUAGCUUCUAAUUUUAACACAGUAUGAAUGAAAAUCAAGACCAACGUCAACUAACUCAUAUGUAGAAACUCCAACCUAAACCACAGAGGGAACGUGUUUUUGUUUUUGUUUUUAUUUUUUAACUUUAAACAUGCUGGGACAGCUAGAUGGCGCAGUGGAUAAAGCACUGGCCCUGGAUUCAGGGGGACCUGAGUUCAAAUCCAGCCUCAGACACUUGACACUUAUUAGCUGUGUGACCCUGGGCAAGUCACUUAACCCUCAUUGCCCCACCCAAACAAAAUACAACAACAACAAAAACUUUAAACAUCACAUUAGAAAACCACUGUAUCAUUGUUCAUACUUUGAAGUCACAGUCAAUGUUUGAUCAGAGGUUUCAUAGUUUUCACACCUUAGCAUUUCAGUAAUGGGAAGGUAAUGUUAUUUUGGACCCAUCUUUCUGAAAAUCUGAUCUCUGAAUGCAGUUUAGCUAUUAUUUGAUUCAAUCUUCAGACAGCCUUUUGCUAUUGUUUGGAGAUUUUAGCCUUUUGCUAUUGUUUGGAGAGUUUAAUUCCCCUAUCUCUGACCCAGCUUCUAUGCUCACUGAUAAUUUGCCUUUUAAAACUUUAUCUUAUCUCAUUGUUCAUUCAAUAAGUAAUUAUUUACUAAGCACCUAUUGGCUUUGGGAUACUCAUUAUUUUUAUAAUGAUAUAUUAACUUUAAAAAUCAACAGAAAAUAUUUUGUUGCUGCUGUUAAUCCUGAUGAAAGGCAGUGUGGCUUAAUGGCUAGAGAGCUGCCCUUGGGAGUCAGAAACACCAAGGCUGAAAUCCUGCCUCUGGCAUAUACUGUGGUGUGACCCUGGGCAAGUUAACUUUUCAGUACCAGGGAAUUCUCUAAGACUAAGUUGUAGUUGAGUUUUAGUUCUACAAAGGUGGAAGGGUAUCCACACUGGGAGUUCUCGUGGUAUCACAGACACUACACAAUCCCCUCUCUCCCACCCCCAGAAGAAAAAAAAAUAUUAUUGGAAUUAGUUUUGGAUCCAACUGAGCAUUUGAGAUUUGGAUUUUAGUGAAGCUACUUUUUAUCUUAUCUAGAGGCAUGAGUGUCCUGAAUAGUAAACAAGUAAAUGCUAUAUGAGGACAAUAAUGAACAAUGAGCCUUUAAUUGAGACUUUUAAAGGCUGAGAUGUAAAUGGUCAAGUCCCAGAGGGUAUAACUAUACUCAAAAAUUGAAAAGAGAGAGCAUAAAAAGCGACAAAGCAGCAUUUCUACUCAAAUACAGUCGUAAUUGCCUUCCAUCUAAACAAAAAUCAGAAGCCUUCAAAGUAUCUCUCAGACAUCACAGAGUGGUUAAAAGCUUGUUAGGCUCAAAGAGAGUGACCGCACUGAAGUCUGAUUUGUUAUAUUUCAGUCAUUCUGGGA